AAAAGGUCCAAGGGAGAAACACUCUAUCCCUCUUUCAAUCAAGAAAAAGUCUGAGGGAGAAUCUCUCUCUCUCUCUGGUCUCUGUGUAUAUAAUCAAGAAAAAGUCCUGGUUUUCGUGUGCUCGCUCCUUUCCUUCCUCUGCUCCUUCUUCUCUCCUUCGAGGAAAGUGAACAGAUAGAAAAACUUUGCGAUAUUGGCAACUAAAUAGACUUCAUUGCAAAGGGGAGAUAGUGUAGAGAAAGAGAGAAGAUGGGGAACUGCUGGCCAAAGCCUGUGGAUAGUCUCCCAAGCGCCGCCAAACUGUCCAACCCAAUCCACAACGAUGCAAAACCUUUAAAACCCUUCAAGAACAACAGCAACAGCAACAGUGGUCAGAAAAGCUUGUCGCCGCCAUGUGACGACACAGGUGGUGGUGUUGAAGAAGUGCCUCCAAGUGGGCGAAUUGUCACUCCAAACCUGAAAAUGUUCACUUAUGCUGAGCUGAGAAGCGCGACCAGAAAUUUCAGACCGGACACGAUGUUGGGUGAGGGAGGUUUCGGAAGGGUUUUCAAAGGAUGGAUCGAUGGAAAGACUUAUGCUCCAUCCAAGGUUGGAAUUGGAAUCCCAGUUGCGGUCAAGAAAUCCAGUCCAGAUAGCCCACAAGGCCUAAAAGAAUGGCAGUGCGAGGUAAAAUUCUUGGGAAAAUUUAGCCAUCCCAAUCUCGUAAAGCUGUUGGGGUAUUGCUGGGAAGAUAGGGAAUUUCUCCUUGUCUAUGAAUACAUGCAGAAGGGAAGCCUGGAGACCCAUCUCUUCAGCAAAAUUGCAGAACCACUUUCAUGGGAAACUCGGUUUAAAAUAGCAAUAGGAGUAGCUAAAGGUCUUGCUUUCUUGCACACAACAGAGAAACAAGUCAUAUACCGUGACUUCAAGUCCUCUAAUAUAUUGCUGGACGAGGAGUUUAAUGCAAAGCUUUCGGAUUUCGGUCUAGCUAAGUUAGGUCCAGUCGACGGCGAUUCGCAUGUGACAACACAAGUUAUCGGCACUUAUGGUUAUGCAGCUCCCGAGUACAUGGCCACCGGUCAUUUGUAUAUUAGGAGCGAUGUGUAUGGUUUUGGGGUAGUGUUGCUCGAAAUAUUAACGGGCCGGGUGGUGCUUGAUUUGAAUCGGCCCAAUGGAGAGCAUAACUUAGUUGAUUGGGCCAGGCCUUACAUGCCGGAGAAAAGAAAGUUAAAGAGAAUAAUGGACCCAAGGCUGGAUGGCCAGUACCCCUUAAAAGGUGCAUUUCAAGCAGCUGCACUCAUACUCAGAUGUAUUGAAUCCGAUCCCAAAAACCGCCCAUCGAUGGAUGAAGUCUUGGAAAAGUUAAAACAGAUUGAGGCCAUUAAGACUAAGCCCAAGGAGUCCAAAGACAGUAAUAGGCGUCUCCGGGCCCAACGCCAAGAACGACAUCCCACUCAUUAUCGUCAUCAUAAUCAGAGUAAGUCUCCUCUUUCCACUCAGCAUGGUGGUAGCGUUACUGCAACUGGAUUUGCGGCCCAUCAACGCUCACCGAUGGUAAAAGCAGGUCUCUAGCAUAUUUGCAUGUUCGAGCCUCGUGCUUGACGAUUUUUUAUGUUGUAAACUGUCACUUUUUAUUGUGAUGGAAAUAACUAUUGUACCAAAACAAAGACAGUCUCCUUUGGCUUUCUGGUAUUGUAUAGUAUUUAAUUUUUCCGUCGAUCCUGAUGAUUCGUCCAUUUACAGCCGUGUCUGGGUCCAUUGACAAUUCUUGGAGGUAGAG